AGCAAGCCCAGCUCUCCACCAUCCGCAGUUUUCUGAAGCUCUACACCACGAUGCCCGUUGCGAAGCUCGCUGGGUUCCUCGACAUGUCGGAGCAGGAGUUCAGGAUCCAGCUGCUCGUCUUCAAGCACAAGAUGAAGAACCUGGUCUGGACCAGCGGUGUGUCCGCGCUGCACGGGGAGUUCCAGUCAGCCUCAGAGGUGGACUUCUACAUAGACAAGGACAUGAUCCACAUCGCUGACACCAAGGUGGCCCGAAGAUACGGAGACUUCUUCAUACGCCAGAUCCACAAAUUUGAAGAGUUGAACCGGACCUUGAAGAAAAUGCCCACCGCGGGUCCCGCCGUUGCCACCCCCGCUGCCAGGGCUACUUAAACUCUCCUGGGACAGACCAUUCAUUGCUGGAGAAGAGGGGGGAGACUGGGCUGACCCAUUCUGCUGUGUUCAAGCAGAAGAAACAUGACCAUCGUUUGGUUGAACUGCAAUACAAUGAUAAAUUACUCUCAACUGUCACAUACACUCUCGUUAGCACCGAAUCUAGAAACACAGAAAGAAACCAGAUGAAGAGAAAACAGGGAAGCUGAAAGAUACCGAGAAAGAACAUGAUGGUUGAAACAUUUGUCUCUGAUUUCAUUAAAAGUUUAUUUUACUGUUUCUAUUGGGUGGGGACUGAAUGCUUUUGUUGGGGGGGGGGGGCAGUUU